AUGGCUCUGAGCUCUCGAGCACACGCCUUCUCAGUGGAGGCCUUGGUGGGGAGACCCAACAAAAGAAAACCGCAGGACCCAAGAGAGGAGGCACAGCAGCCUGAACUGCAAGAGAAAGAGGAUGGAGAGGAAGAGAGAACCAGCGGCGUGACAAGGACGAGCGAGCAGCCUGAAAAGCGACCAAAGACAGAAUCCUCAACAACUGCUUUCUCCAGCUGUGAUGGCAGCAGCGGCAAUGGCAAAACCCACGAAAGCCUGGAAGAGAAAGAUGUUGUUCAAGUGGAACUUCAAGGAUCAGAACUGUGGAAGAGAUUCCACGACAUCGGGACUGAGAUGAUCAUUACCAAAGCGGGCAGGCGGAUGUUCCCCUCUGUUCGGGUCAAGGUGAAAGGGCUGGACCCAGGGAAACAGUAUUCUGUGGCCAUGGAUGUGGUGCCAGUGGAUUCCAAACGCUAUAGAUAUGUGUAUCACAGCUCACAGUGGAUGGUAGCUGGGAAUACUGACCAUUCGUGCAUUACGCCCAGAUUCUAUGUCCACCCGGACUCUCCCUGCUCAGGAGAGACCUGGAUGCGGCAGAUCAUCAGCUUUGAUCGGGUGAAACUCACCAACAAUGAGAUGGACGACAAAGGUCAUAUCAUUCUACAGUCUAUGCAUAAGUACAAGCCCCGUGUGCACGUGAUGGAGCAAGACAGCAGGGUUGACCUGUCUCGGAUUCAGUCCCUGCCUGCUGAAGGGGUUAAAACUUUCUCCUUUAAAGAAACUGAGUUCACCACAGUGACAGCUUACCAAAAUCAGCAGAUUACAAAACUGAAAAUAGACAGGAAUCCUUUUGCUAAAGGAUUUAGAGAUCCUGGAAGAAACAGGGGUGUAUUGGAUGGGCUUUUGGAGACCUACACAUGGAGGCCUUCUCUUACUCUGGAUUUUAAAACCUUUGGUACAGACACACAAAGUGGAAGCAGUGGCUCAUCUCCAGUGACCUCUAGUGGAGGGGCUCCCUCUCCUUUGAACUCCUUACUUUCUCCACCUUGCUCUCCACCUAUGUUUCACUUGCCUACAAGCUCCCUUGGAAUGACCUGUCCAGAGGCAUACCUUCACAGUAUCAACCUUCCCCUUUGCUAUAAGAUGUGUCCAACUAAUUUUUGGCAACAGCAACCUUUUGUCUUACCCACUGCUGAAAGACUAGCAAGCAGCAACAGUUCUCAGUCUUUAGCCCCUCUCAUGAUGGAAGUACCCAUGUUACCUUCCUUGGGGGUUAACAAUUCAAAAACUCAUUCCUCUGAAGACUUCAAUGGACAGUGUCUACAAGCACCUUAUUCUGCCAAUCAAAUGUUAUACCGAUUACAGUCACCUGGAAACAUUUUCCAACGAAAUCCCAUUGCUCCAGAAGCACUCAAUUGCUCUUUCCGUCCUUCCUAUGGCUUUUAUAGGUACAAUUUCUCUGUGCCAUCUAGACUGGUAAAUGCUGCCAACCAUCUCAAAGGGAAUGUCAACAGUCAAGUUUCUUUUAGAGAAGGCAGAUGUAACCAUACUCAUUGGAAUCCAACAAUCAACCAUUGCCUUUAA